CGUGUUUCUAAAACAAAAAUGUAAGCAUAAGAACAGAGCAAACGAACGAAUAUUAACAGAUAAAAAGAAAUAAACAUUGUUUACUACUAAUAAAAGAAAGUUGAAUCGUUUUAAAAUGGUAAAUAUUUUUCCAAUUCAUGUAACGUCUUUUGUGAGUCCUCAUUUAUUUUGGAUAUUUAAUUUGAAUGAUGAAACUGAGAGAAACAACUUGCAACUACAGCUUCCGAAUGUUGCUGAAAAAUGUGUUAAAUACAAUAUUAAUCAAAUUGUUCUUACAAAAACAGAAGAUGAACCUCAAAUUUACAAGAGAGCUGUCUUAAAGCAUUUGGAAGUGAAAAAUUGUAUUAAAAUUUAUACUUGUUGGUUAAUUGAUUAUGGAUUCUUGGUAAAAUCUCGUUGUAUUUAUAACAUUCCUGAAGAGUUAGUAAAUAUUCCUUCAUUUGUAAAACAAGCUUGUCUAAAUAAUACUGUUGGAGUGCAUAAGAUGUUUUUGGAUGGAGUUAAAUAUGAAGAAUCCUUAGACUUCUCAGUUGGAGCUAUAAAGAUGUCCCAGGAAUACAUUUCUGCUGCUAAACAACUUUUUUUCAAUGUAGAAACAGUAAUAAAUGAUAUUUAUUGUGGUGAAAUAAUAAUUGUUAAUAAUCAGAGUGAAUGUAAACUCACAAAAUUGCUUACAAAAGGACAUAAUGUUGUUAUUAACGACGAUAAUUUUCAAGAAUAUUUAACAAAAAAUGUUCAAUGUUUCGAAAAUAAUUUCCUUGAAGCUAUUAGAAGUUUAAUUCAGUUUCCUAACAUAAAAAAAACAUUGCCAAUCUCAGAAAAUAAUAGUUGCUCUGAUCAACUGACCAAUACAAGGAACAAUUUGGCUAAAAUAGUAUCUGAUACCACUGAAAUAAAUGAGGUGGGAAUUGGUAGGGGCCGUUUUCGAAAAAUUUUAGAGCAACAAAUUAAGCCGUCUAGGGUUGAUCAAAAUUAUGUUGAAAGGAAGAAAAGUAAAGGUUCAAAAGCAUUCUUUUCAGACGUCGUUUACUCAAAUGUUGAAGAACCUUCAUGCAGUAAAGUUCAAAAUUAUGAUAAAAAAUGGGUUGAGAAAGGUGAAUUGGUACAAGAAGAACAAAGAGACACUUCAAAUGAAAAUAAUCUCAAAGAAUUGUCUGUACAAAAGAAUUUUUUAAAUAUAAUCAAGAGAAAUCGUAUGAAAAAAGCAAUAUUGAAACUGCAGAGCCUAGCACUAGCACGGUAGAAGAAUCAACAAAUUUUGACUCUUCUGAUUCUUCUUUGAAUAAUGCACAGCAACUAAGCACAACAAACAAUGCUGAUGAUGAUGACGACGAUUUCUAUCAAGAUAAGCGACCCACAAUUGGUUGUCGUUGUUCUAAAUGUUUGGAGUGGAAUAUAAAAAACCCUACCGAAAAAGUCGACCAACAACAGGACUUUGUUACUAAAACCACUUUGAAUAUAGAUCUAGAAAAACCAGCGCUACUUUUUAAAACCGCGAAUGACCUUGUAGAGGGCGAACCAGUACAAAUAAUGAGUCAAACUUCCGCCAGAUUUAUCAAGUUACAACAAAAAACCAAGCUUGAGAGUUUUGCUUCCCCAAAAAUCCUCAUUCAUGGGUCUUCAAUUCCUGCACCUGUAGAAAAGGUUCUUUCAGUCCCGUUUGAUCCAGAAAUCCACAAAUCUCUUGAUCGAUUGGGUUUCAAAGAAGUCAGACAGGUUCAGAUGUUCACUUGGCCUGCUCUAAGACGUCGCGCGCACGUGUUCAUGGUAAGCGGUCCCAAGUCGGGUAAAUCGAUGGCAAUUAUUCCUGCUGUUGCCUCAUAUUUGCAAGAAAGAAUAGAAAGAUACAUAAAUUUGCCUGAUAACGAGGUUGGACCGAUUGCGGUGGUACUAUGCAAAGGUUGCGAAUCAGCUGAACAUAUAUUCGAUUUAUACAAAAAAUUGUUUGAGUGUAUCAAGGGUAAACCCUCGAUGUAUAUGGCUAUUCCGCCAAUGGACAAAACGAGACUGAACCAAUUUUAUAAACAGUGUGAUAUCCUUGUGGCAACUCCCAAAACUCUUUUUUGGUUGCUUCAUUCAAGAAUAGUGAAUUUGAAACGUUUGUGUCAUUUUGUAAUCGAAGAUGGUGAUGUUAUUCUUCAGAAAUUUUCAAAAGAGAUGGAACUUAUUUUUAGAAACGUGCAGAACAUGUUGGAACAUAGAUUAUGUAAUUAUUCCGUUCAAAUGAUAGUUGCUUCAGAAAAAUGGAACGUACAUUUAGAAAAACUUAUCAAAAAGUUAAAUUAUAUUCCUACCAUUUGUAUAAAUAAUUAUUUGGAAGCAGCUCUGUAUGGUAGGGUAAAUUUUGAAUUUGUGUUUGUGAAGGAACAUCACAAAAAAAUGCAAGUUGUGGAUAUUAUUGAGUCGAAAAUGCAUCUACAUAAAACUAUUAUUUUGUGUAAUAGACAGUCAGAAGUAAAGGAUGUUUUAGAAUAUUUACAGUUAAAAAGUAUAAGUGCUGUGGAAAUUAAUUCGUCAAACAGUAAAGAAGAGAUUUAUGAAUAUGAAAAAUCUUGGAUGAAUCCAAAUGCACAAAAUUUUGUUUUGUUAUGCACUGACGAAGUAUAUCGCCACUUUUUGAACAUAACUGACGCCACAUUGUUAAUACACUAUUCAUUACCUUCAUCAUGGACAUAUUUUUCUGAUCGUUUUAAAGUAAUGGUUGAUAAUAUUUCUAGCCCCUUGUCAUUCAAGCAGAUGGAUGAAAAUCUUUACUGCAAAACAUACAUCUUUAUGGACCAAAGUUGUGAAAUGCAGUUUCCGCGACUAGUACAGCUGUUGCAAAGAUUGGACAAGACGCUACCUUCCAAAUAUAUGAAUUAUUACUAUUUCAAAAAAAGAAAAGAAGAAGCCAAAAGAAUCGAAGAUAAAAUUGAACUAUGUAAAAACAUAAAGAUAUUUGGGUUCUGUGAAAAAGUGAAAUGCCCGAAGAGGCACGUUUUAUCAAAACAAUUAGACUUGAAUGGUUUCCUUCCAGAAAGGGGCACCAUCAAUUUUACUUUAUUACGUGUUGAAGAAGUUAACAUGUUCUAUGUAAAACUUUUACAAUUUACAGACACAAAAGGACAGUUAAUAAAAAAAUAUUCGGAAGAUUAUGAAGAAAUGGAAGAAAAAUUGAAUAAGAGUAUUAAUUUAGAACAGGAUUAUGCUGACGAUUUAGUUGUUGGAAAUUAUUAUGCUGUCUUCAGAGAUGAAAAAUUAAAAAGGUGUCAACUUCUAAGAAUAGUAGACGACGCUACCAACAGUAUUAAAAAAACUAAAGUUAUAGUUAAACUACUAGAUUACGGUCCUCAGAUAAGGGUGAGCUCUCCUCUUUACAAUCUCCCCAAAGAGUUUCUGUCAAUUACUCCCAGAGCUUUUACGUUGUACUUUGGAAAUUUGGUUCCACCUGAUGGUGACGAGAAAUGGAGUACAGAUUGCAAAUCAAAAUUAAAAAACGCAUUAUUAACAGUUGAAUACAAUAAUGAAAGGUCUUACUUUUCAAGUGAAGUCCUGCUACUCCUGGGUCACGAUUUAUGGGUAAAAAAUGUCUAUCUGUACGAAAAUAUCGACACGCUGAGGACUACAACUACAAAAAUGAACGUGAAAAAAGUGUUAAAAGAUUUAAAACUUGUCGUAGAAAUCGAACAACCGAUGGACAAUCUAUAUAAAAUGUGUAAAGAGGCUGAUAUUGCAUUACCCGAGUUCAUGGUGGCAGAGGAAAGCAGUUCGAAAUUUUUUGAACAAGUAAAACCCAACUGGGCUUUCUUAGAAGGAAGUUUGAACUAUACUGAAGUAUUUUUAUGUUCAGUGAUAUCUCCUGACCGUUUUUUUGUACGUCUAAAGAAAUUUGAUGAUUUAUUACAGUUGUUAGAAAAGGAAAUAAAUGCUGCUAUUCAGAAGCCCUUUUAUCCCGACAACUUUGUUGUUACGAAAGGCUGUUCAUAUUUAGCUAAAGACAAAAAGACCGAAGAAUAUCGACGUGCUUUUGUUUGUGAAAUCGAGAAUAAAGUUGCAAAAGUUUUUUUAGUUGAUUAUGGUAUUACAGCAAUCGUGCCUAUUGAAACGUUAAAGUUUUUGGACGAAAGUUUUAUUAUAAAAUUGCCUUACCAGGCGAUUGAGUGUCAUUUGUAUGGAGUUGAUCCAUUUGGUUGUUCAUGGCAAAAUAAUGCAAGUAAAAUAUUAUGUGAUUAUGGUUUCGAUGAAGCCUCAAAGAGGACAUUGUACACAUAUGUAUAUGAUAACACCAAAACUGGGCACUUAACAUUUAAUUUAAAUUAUGGUGUACUUCUACUCUGCUACAAUGACAAAAGUAAACCAAUUUUUAUUAACCAGCUUCUUGUUGAUUGUGGUGAAGCUGUUAGUUCAGAUGAUAAAAGUUUAGAUUUAAAUGUUACUCUACCACAAAGUGUUAAUGAAAAUGAAGAAGAAUUAGAAGAAGAACCCAUUGAAGAAGUCAAGAAUUGUGAUAACUCAUCUUUGUACGACGAUUCGUGUUCGUUUUGUUCAAGUGAUAUUGUUGUUUUUGACCAAGACUUCUUUUUGGAACAGUUUGGAAUUAAAAUUAAUAGCGCAACAAAGGAAGAAACGAAACCAGCCAUUUGUGAUAAUCCAGACAAGUAUUUACCAGUCAUAAAGGCUCUACCACCUGCAGAAUAUUUAACCCCUGCAGUCAAUUGGUACCAGACUAAGGAACGUAUUUACUUGACAAUUUUAUUACCAUCAGUUGAUCAAUUUGAAAUGAAAUUGGUUAGAGAGAAAUUUCUACAUUUUUGGACAAUCCACAAUGGAAGGGAAUAUCGCCUAGACCUAAUUUUUUAUUCGAAACUAAAGAGCAAUUUCAAAUUUUCAUCUGGAUUAAAUGUAAAGGCAACUUUUGUAAAGCAGGAACCUGCAGAAUGGCCGCGUCUCGAAUGCACUCCAAGUCAUAAGAAAAUUAAGUACGACUUAACAAAAAUAGAUUUCCCAGAAGAGAUGGAGAAAAAACUCUUUUUGGAUCUAAAUAUAAAUGACGACGUAGAGUGUGAUAUGAACGAAAUUAUCAUUGGCUCAGAUGAGGAUUACAGUGAAUCUGAUUUAGAAGAAUCUACAUCGGAUUAGAAGAAAUAUAAAGUAUAAGUUUUUUAUCACGGUAUUUCAGUUUUUUAUACGCAUGUAACGUUAUUUUUUAUAAGCAAAGUUUUAGAUUCUAUAUUUUAUA